AUGCGUUUAAUUAUCUGGCCUCACCCUCUUUGCUUUCCGCCAAGAACGUUUACUCGCUGUCAUGGCAACAUAUCAUCAUAUAUGGAAACACUAUCCUCACUCAGAAAUGUGUUUCUGGCUACUGUGACAGCAGUUUGGCGGUGCAAAUGCAUCGGGCACCUGUCCCUCCCAGUUGUGUUGAAUGUCUCUCAGCUAAUGAUGGGCAAAAUACACAAAGGAUUGAAUGACAGCUGCAAACUUCCAGGAUACAUAUCAUCAAUACCCACCAAAUACCAAACAUUGUUGAUAAGCAAUGAGGAUAAGAAAGGGUUCUUGUCACAAGCUAAGAGGUUCCUUUCAGAAGACAGUCAGAAUGAAACCCCAGGGCCAGGCACAUAUAUGUCUCACAGGCCUGCUGAAAUCAGCAGCCCCUCCUUCUCAAAGAAAGGUACAGGAGGCUUUGCAUCCCAGGCUGUCAGAGUUCCCCGUAACCCUCAGAGAGGUAUCCCAGGACCAAAUGCCUAUAACCUGCAGUCCUCUCUGAUCCACAAACACAGCUUUGGCAGGGGAGGCUCCAGAACUUUCCGACUACCAGUGGCUGUACAACAUGAUGGCCCUAAGAACAAGACACCAGCCCCUAAUCAAUAUCAUGUGUCUUUCGAUGGGGUAUUGCCAAACACGUUAGUGUCCGCUCAAUCAGUAUUUCUGUCAACAACUGGACGGAGUUCUAUGUGCUCAAACACUCUAAAAGGACCAUCGCCAUGUCACUACAAAGUCAAUGAUGCCAUAACUCAGAAAUGCCCCAAGGUUCCCCUCUCCUGCUUUAAGUCCAACUCUGUGAGGAUCCAGUCCCCUGUGAAUAACCAUGUCCCAGGCCCAGGCACCUAUAGUCCCUACCAGGCUCCAGAGCCAGUCAGGAGAACCAUCCUACCGAGGAGAUAUUACCUGGGAAUAUCAGCUCCCCCUCUGAUUCUUCUGAAGAACCCUCCCCUGCCUGGCCCUGGGCAGUAUGAUGUAGUGAACUAUGGAGACCCGACCAAGCACUUCAUGUCCAGUGCCGUGUUUGUUUCUGGGACAAGCCGUUGGACCCAGGAUGUGCGCGGCCAAGGAGUUCCAGGGCCAGGUUACUAUGAACCAGACACAUCAUCAAAGCGGUCUUUCUUAUACAAUUACUCCAACAACUGGAUUCCAGCAUGAAGCACUUGAGGCAACUCACAUUGCUUUUGUGUGGGUGUUUUUGCAUGCGUUCACACCACACUGUGCAUAUAUUUACUAGUGUACUUUAUGUGAAAUUGUAUUGUGGUUGAGUGGCUUGGUGUGGGAGUUUCUUUCUGCAUGUGAGGAAGGUUUUGUACAACGUUUUCAUGUGCAUUCCAUGUACUGUACGCAUGUGUUUCACUGUGACUAAAGAGAAAGAUACAAAUCACUUCAUAUUUCCAUCUAUUCAGUAAUUGCAUUUCCAAUACAGUGUCUUCAGAAAGCAUUCAUACCCCUUGACUUAUUCCACAUUUUGUUGUGUUACAGCCUCAAUUCAAAAUGGAUUAGAUUCCAUUGUUUCCACUCCCAACUACACACAAUACCCCAUAAUGCCAAAUUGAAUCCAUGUUUUUAGAAAUUUGACCAAAUGUAUUGAAAAUAAAACAGAAAUAUCUUAAUAUUCACA